AAUUUUGACACAUUUUAAGUUUUGUUUUCAAAGUUAUCAGUCGCUGCUCAUUCAAGGUUGAUAUAAUUAUGAAGGUUGCUGUUGUUUUGUGUCUAUUAAUUGUAGCUGCUGCAGCCACUCCAGAAGAUCCAUGUGAUGAUGGAUGUCCCCGCAUUCAAGCGCCUGUUUGUGGCUAUAAUACUGAGCCAGAGGAUGUUGUUGCUGCAGCCUGCUCAGCCAUCGCAGCUACAGCAGCACCACAACUCAAAUUUCCACAAUUCAAUCGGAGAUUUCAGCCAUCAUACAGCAUGAUAAGAUGCUCAAGGUCAUGUACACAGAACUACGCUCCAGUUUGCGGAUACGACAACAAUCCAAGUUUUGGAGAGCAAUUCACCAAUGAGUGCUUCCUUCAGAUGUACGUUUGUGAGGAUAGAGGUGGUCAGCCGUUCAGGGAUGUUCUUCGUGGGGAGUGCUUUAAACCAAUUUAAAUGUAUUGGUGAGUUUUAUGAUGUUGUGAUUUUGGGUUUGGG